AACUGUUCGAGCAUUUUCGAACACUUUCGAACACAAAUGGCACAUCUACGAUUCAUAUCGGUCAGAGUUACGUCAGUAUUCGGUCAAAAUGGGCCGAUGUCGGUCGGUGUGCGGCAAUAGCUGCGUUGAUGGUGCGAUGAUGAGUGUCAGAGUUGCGAUGCACUUGGAUGCACAUAGGACAGACAUACGUCGAUGUGGGUUAGUGUGCGACGCAGUUGCGUCGAUGUUACGCCAUGGAGGGUCAUAGAGGGUCAGACAUGUUGAUGGCUGCGAUCUUCGUUGAUUUAAAAUAGUGUGAUUUCAGGCCUAGGGUGGUCCAAUCUAGUCCAGUCCAGGGACAGUAUGAAUGAGCAAGUACUAGGACUUUUCCAGGCUGAUCUGAUUGUUCAGCAUCAUGCCUACAUCCGUGCCCAGGCCGAGGUCCUGCAGGAAAGAAGGAGGCAAAGGGCCCGAAGAAGAUAUAGCAAGAAGCGGUUCUGGGUGAGGACCUGGUUAACAGAAGAUGAGCGAGUCUCAGCUGGCCAGUACAACAACCUUAUGGUCAAGCUCCGGAACGAGGAUGUACAGUCGUUUACUAACUACCUGCGCAUGCCUCCAGACAUGUUCCAAUUCCUGCUCAACCGGCUGACGCCUCGCCUCCAGAAGAAGGACACCAAGUUCAGACGACCUCUGGAACCAGACUUGUGGGAACUCUCGGAGCCAGUCACAGACGGCUUGCUCUUGUUCGGGAGUGAGCACCACCUCUGCGGUCUUCUUUUUCUUCUGGGCUGGAACCUCCGUGUCAUCUUCUGAAGAAGUUGCACCAUUAAAAUACUCGUCCUCCUUCUCAGCACCAACGUCUGCCUCCUCCAUGGCCUCGGCUACAAUAUCUUUAUUGCCACGUCCACGUCCACACCCUCUGCUCCCUCCAACACGACCACGACCUCUUGGAUGCUUCCCUUGCCCAACGAUGGUUAUCACCUGGCCCACACUUUCAACAACUGGCUGGACCUCUACCUGGUGCUCGUCGUCUCCUGUUGGAGUGUCUCCGGGCUGCAUCACGGCUUUGCCCUUCGUCUUCUUUAUUGCCUGUCUUAACGUUUUUCUUGAUUUCUUUGGUGGCAUGAUGCUUUGGAAAACAAAUGUAUCACUAGCCAAUCGUAUGUGGCGCACCCGUAUUUAUAGCAACCGACAUUGACCAAACUACAACCCAAGCUGACCGAAUAUUGACGUAACACUGGCGCAGGCUGACGCAGCAUGACCGAAUGGCAACCCAUGUCUAACCCCGCCAGGCAGUGCAUGACGGUCCCUGACAUUGUUUGCUGACUGAAUGUGACCGAAUGUCGACUCAGAGCAACCGACUGUGACGUAACACCAACGCAGAGAAACCCACUGUUGACCGAGUCUGAUAAAACACU